AGAAAAAAAAUUGAAUGAGCGGAGGCGAACGAAGGAGAAGAGGGAGAGUAUCGAGCGGCGCUCGGGGGAGUAUUCGGUAGCGCCGACGCCAGGGGAAAAUGUACGAGCAGGAGCGGCCGGUGGGCACAACUGCUCACUCACACCCCGAGUGCACAUCGCUCUCGCUAUUGAGUAUCACCAACCGGCGAAAUAUCGUCAAUUGCAUCACGCCCAUUUUGUCACGAGUUAUUGCGUUUGAAUAGUAAAUUCUCGUCUCUUUCCUCACCCCUGGUCCACCUGUGAUUUGUUCAGUUCGCCAAAUUUCCAGAGCAAAACGGUAAAAGUAAACAGUGCAGAAGAGAAUCGUUUUGACGAUAAUACUCGAGACACUUGAGUUUAAUUGCUAGACCUGCAGUUGACACGAGGGGACUUUGUCAUAAACGAGUUACUGGUCAAGAGGCACAAGAGACUGAGGAGGACAGAGUGGUAGAUAUUAUUUAACGUCGGCAAAGUGUCAUGAGAGGCGGUUUCACGAUCCGCCCUUCUUAUCACUCCUUCCUAGAGUCAUGCAUGCCGCGCCUUUCAAACGAGCAACUGGCAGGGAUGAAACCUCACCAAAUCACGAAUCACCCCACGGCAAUGGGGUCCUGGAGAUGCCGUGCACAAGUGACGCGGCCCCCAGCAACAGCCGUAAUCGUUGGAAAUUUCGUCGAAGUGACUCCUACGAGACAAAUGGACUGGGUGCACCUGUGGUGCACAACCAAACGGGAGACGAAGGGUGCGGAGGGCUGGAGGGGAAGGACCCAGAGACGAACGACCCUGUUCACCUCAAGAGACGGGUGGGACUCGUCAGUGGGGUGGCUCUAAUCGUUGGAACAAUGAUCGGAUCUGGAAUAUUUGUAUCACCCUCGGGUUUACUAGUGCGCACUGGUAGCAUUGGCAUUAGUUUUCUGGUGUGGACUGCGUGUGGUGUUCUGAGCCUCUUCGGGGCGCUGGCAUACGCCGAACUGGGUACGAUGAACACAAGCAGCGGAGCUGAGUACGCAUAUUUCAUGGAUGCAUUUGGUGCACCACCGGCUUUUCUAUUCUCCUGGACAUCAACACUGGUUCUCAAGCCAUCGCAGAUGGCAAUCAUCUGCCUGUCAUUUGCCCAGUACGCGGUGGAGGCUUUUGCCUCUGACUGCCAGCCUCCGGAGCACUUGGUGAAGCUCGUUGCCCUUCUGGCAAUUGUUCUGAUCCUUCUCAUCAACUGUUACAGCGUUAAUCUGGCUACUGGUGUGCAAAAUGCAUUCACCGCUGCCAAACUCAUUGCCAUUCUGGUGGUGAUUGCUGGGGGAACUUGGUCAUUGGCUAAGGGCAAUACUCAGCAUCUCAGUGGGGCUUUUCAGCCAAUGGAUGGGGGAGAUCUCAUCAAUGUGGGGAGACUUGCCACUGCUUUCUAUACUGGCCUGUGGGCGUACGAUGGAUGGAAUAAUCUCAAUUAUGUUACGGAGGAGAUCAAGGACCCUUCCAAGAAUCUUCCGAGGUCCAUUAUGAUUGGAAUUCCCCUGGUCACUGUCUGCUAUGCGCUUAUCAAUCUCUCGUAUCUUGCUGUCAUGUCGCCCACGGAGAUGAUCGAGAGCGAGGCUGUCGCUGUGACAUUCGGAAAUCGCAUUCUGGGAGUGAUGGCAUGGUUGAUGCCUUUCUCAGUGGCAGUGAGUACCUUUGGCUCGGCAAAUGGCACCCUCUUUGCCGCCGGACGCCUGUGCUUUGCCGCAUCACGUCAAGGUCACCUUCUGGAUUGCCUGAGUUACGUGCACGUGCGCCGUUUCACACCUGCCCCAGGUCUCAUCUUCCACUCACUCGUAGCCGCCACGAUGGUCCUCUCUGGCAACAUAGACUCACUCAUCGACUUCUUCUCAUUCACCGCUUGGAUAUUCUACGGUGGCUCGAUGCUGGCUCUCCUGGUUAUGCGUAAAACCCGGCCAAAUCAUCCCAGACCCUACAAGUGUCCGCUUGUUAUACCCAUUCUCGUGUUGGGAAUAUCCGUGUACCUGAUUGUUGCUCCAAUCAUUGAUAAACCGCAGAUUGAGUAUGUUUAUGCCGCAGCUUUUAUCGCUGCUGGUGUGUUUGUCUACCUCCCGUUUGUUAAGUAUGGAUAUGUGCCCAAGUUUAUGGAAGCUGUCAAUGUCUUUCUGCAAAUGCUGUUGGAAGUGGCACCAACAGCAGCCGCUUACGAUUGAUUGACGAAUCAUUCGAUUUCUGAAUGAAAUGAAAUAUUUUCAACUAUUGAUAAUAAACAUAAGGAAUUACAAAGAGAAAGAGAAUUUAUCAGUGCCGAAUCAUUCCAUUGGGGCAUCCGAUAAUACGAAGAUUAUUUAUAUAUUAUACAAAUAAAUAUUAUUUUAUUA